UUUGCAAAAAUGGCCUAUUUGCUGCCUUUGUCCAUAUGUUUGGCCUUAUGUUUAGCUGGUUUCUCACUCUACCGUUACGGAAACAUACCCAGACAGCAUAUAAUUGUAACCCUAUCCGUUCUAACGGCCUGGUGUUUUUCAUUUUUAAUCGUAUUUACCAUACCUCUAGAUGUAACAUCGACUCUUUAUCGCCAAUGCUUGCAAGAGCAUAACAAAACAUCAAUAACUACCGCUCCCUUAUCGGCGACAACUUCAUCACUAAAUACAUCAAAUGAUUCAUCUGAGGUUGUCAGCUCUUUACGUUUACAUUCCGAGUGUCAACAACCUUGGGGUAUGAUACCAGAGUCAGUAUUUCCCAAUUUAUGGCGUAUUAUCUAUUGGACUUCACAAUUUCUAACCUGGUUAAUUAUGCCACUAAUGCAAUCAUAUCUCAAAGCGGGCGACUUUACCAUUAAGGGCAAAUUAAAGUCUGCCUUGAUUGAGAAUGCCAUUUAUUAUGGUUCUUAUUUAUUUAUAUGUGGCAUUUUACUCAUUUAUAUAGCAGCUAAAGGUGUUUCUUUAGAUUGGCAAAAGCUAAAGGCCAUUGCAUCUUCGGCUUCGAAUACUUGGGGUUUAUUUUUGCUUGUACUUUUGCUGGGUUAUGCCCUUGUUGAAGUACCGCGUUCUUUAUGGAAUAAUGCUAAACCGGGUUUUACCCUACAAUAUGCCUACUUUAAGGCAGCUAAACUAAGUGCUGAUAAAGCAGAGGCUGAAGAAAACGUUGAUGAUGUUUUAGAAUCUUUACAAGGCAUUAGCAGAUCGGUGCCUAACAACCAUGAGUUACGACCAUGUGUAGAGACAAUUUUACGCAAAGUGCCCAUUGAAUUGCAGGAAAGGGCAGCACGUAAUUAUUCACGAGGUGGUAAUGGUGGUGGUACAUCGACAAUAGUACCAUCGGAGAAGGCAUUAGUUCGUAUACAUAGACAAGUUAUAAAAUCCUUGCAAACACUACAACGUACCGAGGCUCUCUGGAGUGUACAAGUAGAGACAGUUUUCCAAUUAGAAGAUGUAGCCAAAAAUAUGCAUUCGGUGGAAAGGAGAUUUAAAUCGGAAUUUCCCCAGCCCAGAUCUCAAAUGGCUAGAUUGUUUUAUUCUCCUACACUUCACUGGUAUUGGUCGUGUGUGAUACGGGCUCCCGUUUUAAAGGCCCUCUGUGUUCUAACUGCUUUUAUGUCCGGCAUGGUAGUUUGGAGUGAAUUGACAUUUUUCCAACGUAGUCCGGUGCUUUCGAUAUUUGCCAAUGUCAUUAUUGUGGCUAAACACAGUUAUGAUUUCUUUACCAUCGAAGUUUUUUCCAUGAUAGUUUUGUGUUAUCUCUUCUACUGCACCUAUUCCACCAUAUUGCGUAUACGUUUUUUAAAUCUCUACUAUUUGGCACCACAUCAUCAAACUAAUGAACAUAGUUUAAUAUUUAGCGGUAUGUUAUUGUGUCGCCUUACGCCGCCCAUGUGCUUAAACUUUCUAGGUCUCAUACACAUGGACUCGCACAUUAUUAAGGAACGCAUCAUGGAAACCUACUACACACGUAUCAUGGGACAUAUGGAUGUUAUAGGCAUUAUCUCAAAUGGUUUUAAUAUUUAUUUUCCCAUGUGCAUGUUGGCGUUUUGCUUGGCCACAUGGUUCAGUUUGGGUUCAAGGGCUUUAAAUGCCUUGGGUUUCCAGCAAUUCUUGCAAAACGAAACCAUAGCUACUGAAUUGGUACAAGAGGGCAAAGAUCUAAUAGCACGUGAAAGAAGGCGUCGACAAAGAGCCGAAGAAGCCAUGAAUCGACGCAGGGAAUUUCCUAGAAGUGAUGCCAUAACAACAAAUGAUUACAUAAACAAGUAUCGUAAUUUAAGCUCACACAAUGGUCAAAGUACUUCAACGACAGCAGCGGGUAUACAACGGCCUACAACGCAUAUACCCUCAGAUGAUUUAAUACGUCAUGGCGAUAAUUUACACUAUGACACUCUGCCUCGUUCAUUGUCGGAUGAAAUUAAUGAACGUUUUGGUGUUAGUACACAAGCUCAAGUUGCCUUUAAGGGUUCAUCGUCGACAAAUCAUUAUCGUUUGGAAUUUGAUGAUGAAGAGGAAACCUCAAAUCGAAUUGAACCACCACGUGGUUUAUUUGAUGAUGUGUAAUAAUCUCUUGGGCGUCCCGUUAAAUUUGUCUCUCUUUAUCUCUUGCUCUAAACAAUACAACAACUAACAAUGAUGUCUUUAUUAUUGGUCAGUCACAAAUUUACGCAAACUACUACGUUUAAUAGUUGUAAACAAAUCUAGUUAAUACAUGUACUAUAUAAUAAUUAUCUAAAAAUUCGCGCUAAUUACACUCUACACUACACUGUGCACUGUAAUCGGGCCUUACUUACAGACAAUUUGGGAGUUUUUGUGAUUGCUGCUGUGGCUUAUUUCUACAUAUUUUUGUUUUCUCUCAUUACUUUUAGAUGUUUAAUUAACUUAUAAUUUGCUUAAAAAUAUGUAAGUAUUGUUUUAAUUUUUAUUUCGUUAUCCUGUUUUUUUUAUAAUUUUUUUUAUUUUGCCUUAAUUUGCACAUUUUAAACGUAAUUUAUAUAGGCAAUAGUUUAUUAAAAAAAAAAACGCAAGUAGUUUUUAUUUAUUCUCUGUAUAAUAAAUCUAUGUGCAAAAUAUUUUAAAUAAAAAAAUAUACAUCUACAAAUUUUUUUUAAGA